CGGGCCGCGUCCUCCCCGGGCGGCGCGACGUGCUGAUUGGCUGGGCGGAGGCGGCGGAGACGGCGGCGGCGGCGCGGGGCGAUCGGGAGCAUUCGCCGGCAGGGUCUGCAGAGGCGCCUGGCGCACGGCGCAAGCGGAGCUGCGGUGCUCGCCUGGGACGCGCCAGGGGGUCGCGCGGGCGGGCGACCGCAGCUUCGGUCGCCAUGUGCGCGCAGGUCUGGCUGCUGACCGACCGGCUCAUCCGCGAGGACUACCCGCAGGUGCAGAUCCUGCGCGCGCUCCGCCAGCGCUGCUCCGAGCAGGACGUGGGCUUCCGGGCCGUGUUCCUUGACCAGAUCGCCGUCACGGUUGUCGGCGGCCACCUAGGCCUGCAGCUGAGCCAGAAACCCCUGACCACCUUCCCUGACGUAGUGGUUGUCCGAGUAUCCACGCCUUCUGUUCAGUCAGACAGUGAAAUCACCAUCCUGAGGCACCUGGAGAAGCUGGGCUGCCGCCUGGUCAACCGUCCUCAAAGCAUCUUAAACUGCAUCAACAAGUUUUGGACAUUCCAAGAGCUGGCUGGACAUGGGGUCCCCAUGCCAGACACCUUCUCCUAUGGUGGGCACGAAGACUUCUCUAAAAUGAUCGAUGAAGCAGAGCCCCUGGGCUACCCAGUGGUGGUGAAGAGCACCCGGGGACACCGGGGAAAAGCUGUUUUUCUGGCCAGAGACAAGCAUCACCUUUCUGACAUCUGCCACCUGGUCCGCCACGACGUGCCCUACCUGUUCCAGAAGUAUGUGAAGGAGUCUCACGGGAAGGACAUCCGGGUGGUGGUGGUGGGUGGCCAGGUGAUUGGCUCCAUGCUGCGCUGCUCCACAGAUGGCCGAAUGCAAAGCAACUGCUUUCUAGGUGGUGUGGGUGUCAAGUGCUCACUGACAGAACAAGGCAAGCAGCUGGCGAUCCAGGUGUCCAACAUCCUGGGCAUGGAUUUCUGUGGCAUCGACCUUCUCAUUAUGGACGAUGGCUCCUUCAUGGUGUGUGAGGCAAACGCCAAUGUCGGCUUCCUGGCCUUUGACCAGGCGUGCAACUUAGAUGUGGGGGCAAUCAUUGCAGACUAUGCUAUGUCCUUGCUGCCAAACAGGCAGACUGGGAAGAUGGCCAUCCUCCCGGGACUGGCAAGUCCCAGAGAGAAGAGCGAGCCCAAUGGGUGUGUUUCAGCUCAGGGAGUUGCAGAGAGUGUCUAUACCAUCACCAAUGGGUCUACCUCUAGUGAGAGUGAACCUGAACUGGGAGAGGCCCGGGAUUCCUCAGCAAAAACAAUGGGGGCCCCGCCUGCCAUGUUACCCGAGCCUGGUUACAGCAUUAACAGGAUCCCUUCACGAGUCCAGUGAAUUCCUGCUUUCUUGGCAGCAUUUAAACCAAAUGCUACUGCUUCCCUGAGUAGUGUUCAGUGAAUUAGGUCUGGACUAACGUGAUUUCAUUUGCACAGAAACUAGAAAAUCCCAUCUGGGCACUCAGCAUCCUUUCUAAUAACAGUUUGAACCAAUGGCCUAGCUUUGUGGUUUUUGUAAAGACUCAUAUAAAAAACACUCAUCGAGAACAACUUCCCGAAUGAUCGACUUGAGGCCAACGUCUAUUGCAAGCACGUCAGUGGACAGGUAGGACUUUUAAGGCGCUGAGUCCAUGUUGCUGUCCCUGGUCGUUAGCAGCAAUGAACAUGAACUUGGCUCCUGGAAACAUCGUCCUCACAUGCAGGAGAUGGAGGCGUUUGCAGGUGGGCGGGAUGUUCCUGUCUACUCCCCCUCCCGGUCACCAUCUUACCACAUUCCUCCGACACUCGGCUUCUCACCGAAGCGCUUUGUAGAAGGUGAGGUGGAACACACUUUGACCUCGCCGGUUGGCAUGUGUCCUGCUUUGUAACAGGGGAUCUCUACAGAUCGCUUUGUCUCUCGUAAUCCACACUCCUGCUUUACCUAUGUCAGCUCCAGCAGCUUUACACACCUUUGCUGCCUUUGGCCUCAGCUGGAAAUGCAUCUGAUAAGCUAUGGCCACACUCUUUGUUUCUUGUGCACUAGAACUCAACACCAUGGACUUUUCCUUUUCAGUGGACUCCGCUCACUUGUCAUCUGGAAACCAGUGGGAUUUUACUGCAGAAAGUUCCUGGGCGAUGACCGUUCUUCCCCAGCUUCUUCUGGACAUGCUCCUGUUAUCCAGACUCCAGGAACCUGUCCUUACCCAUUUUUCCAAAUUGGGGAGACUUGGGUAUUCGUGGAGGGGUGAGUGGGUUAUUGUAGACAGGAUACCAUGUGCUUUUCUUUCUCACUCUUUAAGCAGCAGUAGAUGACAUCUUUCCCCUGGGAGAAACGGUAGAGAUAGUUUUGCAUCUGCUAAUAGAAGGUCUAACUGGGGGUUGGGGAUUUAGCUCAGCGGUAGAGCACUUGCCUAUCGAGCACAAGGCCCUGGGUUCGGUUCCCAGCUCUGAAAAAAAGAAAAAAGAAAAAAAAAAAAAAAGGUCUAACUGAAAACAAGCAAUGACCUAACCCACCCAGAGUUACCUCAUUAUACUCACGAGGAAGACCCACUUCAGAUAUUUUACGGCCGGUGCCAAGAACAUUGAGGAUCCCUCUUUGGGAUUACUUCAGUAGCUGUCAAAGGGAAGAGGCCUUGUAACUUGAUCAAUAGGCCUUGUUUAGUUUCUUUUACCCUCCACCCCCACCCACCCCUCACAACUCCCGCUACCUGCCAAGUUCCACCACCCAUUGUAUUUACCAGACACAAUGCUCUUUGGCUAUUAAAAAAUUAUAGACUUAUCGUAAAGGACAAAGAUUUGCCCAUACUGGGGAGGCAUAUAAAAGUUCAAAUUUUCCAAGGAAGGUUCUAGAAAUAUGAGUUGGGUCAGCUACACUGGAGUAAACAUACACUUUAUAAGGUAUCUACUUCGAAGGCACCACCACCCCAUGGGCACGUAAUUCCUGUACUAUAAGUAUAAAGUGUAUAUAAAGCCACAUGAUAAUGUUUUUUCACAACACAUUUAAAUAGAAAUUGGCCUUUAAAAUCAGGCAACACCAGAUUUCACCAACUGACAGUCACACACCUGAAAAUGUUGGUGCCAUGUGACAGAUGUCACACCUCACCGUCUCACCCCUGGGUACAUGCCACUGAACUGUAAUCUGAGUGUGUGUCUGUACCGUUGGAAAAGGACAGUUCACCCUUAUAGACUAAGACUCGAAUCUUCUCCUUAGCACCCAUGGGUGGCUCUAAAAGAAGGAUAGUUAUAUUCUCUUCCUGCUGGAAGUGGUCAGAUAUGAGCCAGGCAUUGGCUUAGCGCAAGCCUCUUCUUGUUGAUCUAAGUCCACCUAGGCCCUACCUGUGCAGAGCGACUUGGAGUGUUUCCAGAUUCCUUUGCCAAAGGAGGCCCAUUUCCCAGCUGGCAGAGACGUCUGCCAACGGUGUUAUUGCCCAGAACUAACCCUGCCCAGAGGCAGAGAAAGCUGACUCUCAUCUGGAUCCUAGCCCCACUCUGGGAUUUCCAUAUCACAGCUGGCCAUGGUUGCUUCCUUGAGUCUCAGCUCUGUGGCCCCGCCAUACUUGCCACAGCUGCCUGGAAAGAACGUGGAGAUGCAGAGCGGGAGUCUGACGCUGGCUCUCCCAGCACAGCUAGGCACCUGAGCUCUGUGUCUCCAUUUUUCCAUUCUGUAGACAGGGAAAAUGGCCUAUUUCAUUUACCUCGUGGUGCACUCUGAGGCUGAAGUGAGUUACUAAGCAUAGCUGUCUGUCUGGGAGGAGGUAACAGACACCUCCCAAUGUAGCGUUGUGUUUAUCAUCGCUCCUGAGAGAGUUAAGAAAGGAAGAGGCUAUGCAUUCUUGUCCUUAGCAAGCUCAACAAUAGGAGGGGCCCUGAAACACAGAAUGCAGCCUGACUUACAACCUGAAAGGACUUAGACACCCAAAGAACCUUCUGGAUGUACCCUGCAUAACCUGAAACCCUUGACUCAUGUAUGCCAACACUAAGUCUUCCUCCGUAAUAUAGAUUCAGGGUAUGUGUGUGGUCUUUCCACUGUCUGGUAACAACAUCUUGAAACUGGUCAAAACUUGAAUGUCAAUAGCUCAGUCACUCAGAAUAUACAUGAUUCUGCACUUGGAAAAA